GUUGGCUGAAACCAUAUCGCGGAACUGUCGAAUCUGAGCACCCGCCGCCGAGAAGCAAGACCUGAACGCCACCCCCGCCGGCGUAUCCGAUUGGGCGAUUGGCCGCACAAGAGAAAACACGGCCUCGCUAAACCACCACCCGCCGCCACUACUCUCCAUCCCCUCUACCUCCGGCAACGUCGGCCGCCAUGGUGAAGCGGUGGCUACCCCUGGAGGCCAACCCCGACGUCAUGAACCAGUUCAUGUGGGGGCUGGGGGUCCCGGAGGACGUGGGGUUCUGCGACGUGUACGGGCUCGACGACGAGAUGCUCGCCAUGGUGCCCCAGCCGGUCCUCGCCGUCCUCCUGCUCUACCCGCAGGAUAAGAAGAAGGAAUCUGAUGCCUCGACCACCUCCUCCACGGCGGAGACCAAGGAAUCCAACAAGAAAGUAUAUUUUACAAAACAGACUGUUGGCAAUGCUUGCGGAACAAUUGGUAUUAUUCAUGCAAUAGGGAACGCUGUGUCCAAAAUCAAGCUAGUUGAUGGGUCCUAUUUUCAUAGAUUUUAUAAACAAACUGCUGAUAUGGAUCCUAUCCAGCGUGCUGCUUUUCUUGAGGAGGACCAAGAAAUGGAGGAUGCUCAUUCUGUUGCUGCUGCUGGUGGUGAUACAGAGGCCAAGGAUGGGGUAAUUGAACAUUACGUUUGUUUUUCGUGUGUUGAUGAUGAACUUUACGAGCUUGAUGGAGGAAAGCCACAGCCGAUACAUCAUGGCCGCUCCUCUCCUGAUAGCUUGUUGCAGGAUGCUGCAAGAGUCAUAAAAGCGAGGAUUGCGGAGUAUUCCGAGUCACUCAACUUCAAUGUCAUGGCUCUCUCAAAGAUGUAGUGAAACAUGGGUCUCCUGACUCCAGAGAGAAGGUUUACUGAUUCACACACACACACUCUACCUCAUCUGCACCAGGCCUCAGUUAAGUCCAACUACAGCAUCAUUUCCGUUACGCUGGUGUAACACGAUGAAAUGAAAUGAAAUAAUAUGGGAACACAAAGCGAUCAAGGCAGACCACAUCCUCUGAAGCUGCUUUAACUUGCCAUUCUGCUGCACCGAGGAGAUUACAGUUUUCUGUUUUAGAGUUGCUUGUUGAUGCUUCCCUUUCCUUACACCUAGAUGAGCUUGUCAUGGGUAUUAUCAACUGUAGAUGGCAAAAAGCGCUUGCAGUGACAUUUAUGAUUACACAUGUUAAGGAAAAGUUGAUGUA